AUGGACGUGGGCACGCACGUGUGGGUCAAGACCACCGACGCUGAGGUGUGGGCAGCCGGUCACGUGAUGGGCUACGACGACGCCAGUGGUCUCGUGCGCGUGCGUCGCGGCGAUACGGACGACGUCGUGACCUGUCGGUACCCAAGCGACGCACCGGACGUUUGUUUGCGGAACACGUCGGUCAACUUGUCGACGACGUCGAGUCUCACGUGCCUCGAGCACCUGCACGAAGCGGCGCUCCUCCAGGCGCUGAGCGACCGCUUUGCGCACGAUGCGAUCUACACGUUCAUUGGCGACAUUCUCGUGGCGCUGAACCCGCUGAAAGCGCUCCCGACGCUCUACGCCGCGGCGCAAGUGGAGGCCUACGCACGCACGACGCAGCCGCUUUCGCCGGUCCUGUCGCGCAGUUCCAGCACAGGGGACGCACAGGCGGCGCCGCUGCCGCCCCAUGUGUUUGCCAUUGGCGGCAAAGCGUUUCGCGGGCUCUGGAGCGCUGCAGCCGGACGGACGAAUCAGAGCAUUCUAGUGAGCGGCGAAAGCGGCAGCGGCAAGACCGAGAGCACCAAGUUCCUGAUGCAGUUUCUCACGAGCGUGGGACGACGUGCGUCUUGCGAGGACGCAGGCGGAUCGUCGCGUGGUGGCGGCGCCGUGGACAUUGGCCGGCGCAUCUUGCAGACGAACCCCAUUUUGGAGUCGUUCGGGAAUGCGCAAACGAUUCGGAACGACAAUUCCAGUCGCUUUGGCAAGUUCAUCAAGAUCCAGUUCAAUGCCGAGCACGAGAUUGUCGGGGCGCAGAUCGCGAGCUACUUGCUCGAGAAAGUGCGCGUGUUGCACCAGAAUGUCGGGGAACGGAGUUUCCACGUGUUCUACGAGCUCCUGGAAGGCGGAGACGCUGAGCUGCUACAGACGUUGGGCCUCGAGCGGGGCGGGACCUACGAGCUGCUGCAUUCGUAUGGACCUGGUUUCGCUCGACAGCGAGCCAUGGCGGAUCGGUACGCCCAUCUUUUCGUUGAGACGGUGCGGGCUUUCGAGGACUCGGGCGUUGACGAGUUGGAGCGACUAGAGAUUUUCAAGAUUCUAGCGGCAUUGUUGCAUCUUGGCAAUGUCAAUUUCACGCUGGCUAGUGGACAGGACGGUGCGACAGUUGUGACUGUACAGUCGCGGGUUCAUUUGGAAAAGUGUGCAGCGCUUUUGGGUGUGAGCGUGGACGAAUUGGAGAUGUUGUUGAGCAGCCGAGAAAUCAAAGCGGGCGCGGAAGUGAUGGUGCUGAAACAUGAUCCGGGACAGGCGAAAGAGAUCUGUCGAUCGCUAGCAAAGGCUGUCUACGGUCGGCUUUUUACAUGGCUGGUGCGCCGCCUUAGUGACGGAAUCAACUACUAUGACUCGGCCACGUCGAUCUCGGACGAAAGCGACGAGCUGGCUACUAUUGGUAUUCUGGAUAUUUUUGGCUUCGAGAGCUUGAACAGUAACGGAUUCGAGCAACUCUGCAUCAAUUACGCCAACGAACGACUGCAAGCACAGUUCAAUGAGUUUGUGUUUGAACGCGAGCAGCAGGUGUAUAUCGCGGAGGGAAUUGACUGGAGGAACAUCUCCUACCCUAGCAAUGCAGCUUGCUUGGCUCUUUUUGAUGACAAGAGCAACGGCUUGUUCUCACUGCUGGACCAGGAAUGUCUGAUACCAAAAGGAUCGAACCAGGCGCUGAGCUCAAAGCUCUAUCGAUAUCAUGGCGAGAGUGGGCCUACAGAUUCGACAGGACUUCUGCAACAGCCACAACCUGCCCCGAGCACUCUACCGCUGCUUAUGUCGUCGUUCAGUAAGUAUUUGCACCGAUCUGCGUCUCAAGAAAAAGCCGUUCUUCAGGACAUGACGAAGCACACUUUCUCGGCGUCGAAGAUGGAGCGUGUGAACCAUCAGUUUGUGGUGCACCACUUUGCAGGACGUGUGUGCUAUAACGUUGAACAGUUCAUUGAGAAGAACUCGGAUACACUUCCUGCUGACGCGGGCAGCAUUCUGUCCUCUUCCCGAAACGAAGUGGUGAAGGCAAUUGGUGCGGAGGAUGACGCGGAUUUACCAGGUGCAGACAACGCGUCGGCUGGACGGCGACGCUAUUCCAUGCUGCGGGCACCGAGUGUAUCUGCGCAGUUUAAGAACCAGCUGGACCGUCUCUUGGUCCAGAUCGGACGCACGGAAGCGCAUUACGUCCGCUGCUUGAAGCCCAAUGAGCGGAAGAGGCCCGGGCUUUUCGAUCGUGAGAGGGUGGUCGAACAAAUGCGCUCCGUUGGUGUGUUGGAGGCAGUCCGCAUCGCGCGUCAUGGAUAUCCUGUCCGUCUCGCGCAUGCAAGCUUCAUCAACCUCUUUUCAGGCUUUAAGUGUUUUUUGAGUGUGCGCGAUCGCUCGAUGACGAGCCACGACUUAGUGCAAGCCCUUGUGGCUGUAUUGUUGGACAAAGACUUUCGCGAAGACACUGUGAACUGCGAAGAGAGAACCCCAGGCGUUCUGGCUGCUCUCACUACUCAGUCCGGUAAUGGACGAGUGCUUGACCACGACAAACGCCACAAGGACGUGCAGGUGGGCAAGACGCUAGUAUUUUUUCGGUCUAGCACCUACACGCGCUUUUACCGGUACCGUUUGGAGUUGCACAAUAAUUGUGCGACUAUGCUGCAGAAGCACUACCGCGCGUACCGGUGCCGGCAACGGUUCCAAGAGCUGCGUGUCUUCGUGAUACGCGUGCAGGCGAUUGUCCGAGGGUUUCUUGGACGCAGGCGUGUAGACAAAUUGCGUCGGUUGCGUCGAGCAAAUGCUGCCACUCGUAUCAAGGCAUGCUGGAAGCGUUUUGCUGCGCGGCGCACGGUUGCCGGGAUGCUCAAGGCCAAGCGCUACCUUACCGCGGUCAACCUCAUCCAGAUGCACGCCCGGCGUUUUCUGGCACAGCGGCAUGCCGCAAAAAUUCUGGAUUACGAACGUCGGCUCGCGCAACGCAAGCAUGACGACGUGCUGGAAGAGAAACAGCAGUACGCUGCUGCUAACGUCAUCCAGAGGCAUAGCCGGCGGUGGCUUGAAGAAAAUCGGCGUGUCACGAUGAAAGCUCAGCGUUUCCGACUGAUGGUAGCGUUCAAUAAGCUCCGCCGUGCGUGUCUGGCGUCGCCGACAACAAGUGAGGUAGAGGCUGAGCCGUCCCCUGUCGAUGAUGACGCGAUGGCCAGUCUCGAAAGAUAUCCAGGACCCAAAUUAUUUGGCCACCAGUUGACUCAGCCGAGCUCGGAGGGGGAAGAUAGUUCGACUUGCGAAGACCGGAUGGAGCCCUUGAUUUGUAUUUCCGCUUCCACGUACCACCCUUCCAGCAGCAAGCAACGCAGUCGCGCAAACAGCAGCCACCGACGUUGCAGAAGUAGCAGCCGCGACGUAGACCGCAGCUCGCUACUGGAGAACGAGAUAUUGCGCUUGCAGCAGAUGCUCACGGAGCAUCGGAGUGGCCGCAACGGCGACCGAUGGCGUCGAUCGUUGACUAGCGCUUACCCACGGCGAAGUGCGCCUGCUGAUGAGCACUCGAUCCGAGCCCCGCUUCCACAGUCAGGGCGUCGUCGUUACUCAACCGAUGGGACCUUAUCUGAUGAUGAGGGCGGUGAGAUUGACGGCAACGUGUCACUCCUGCCCCCGCGCCGUUCGCGUAGUGUGGUGCCUGGGAAGCAGCUCGACCACGUUUCCGUACUAUCGCAAAAGAUCGAGGAACUGGAUGCAAAGUGCAAGUUCCUGGAACAGGUUGUCGCUCGCAAGAACUAUGAGGAAGCGACGCGCGAGUCUUUUGCAUACAGCCGGGGGUCGCUUGGCAGCAGAGAGCGCUUCUCGUCUGCGGACGGCUCAUUGUGUGGUGACCACCCUUCUGUGAGCGAAGCGGGCUCGGACGUGGACUCGAUCAUUUUCAACAUUCAAAACCAGAUGGACAAGCUCCGUCAAUCGAUUGCAGUGAAGGAACAAGGUCUCCAGACGUCUGGUAAGUCCUGUACCAUGUCGUUCUCGUCCAGCACACGGCCAACGCGCUCUUCGUCUGCUGCCUCGACGACAUCGUUUCCCAACUUCCUGUUGGGCGACGUGCCACAAAGUCUAUCGUCGCUUCCGCUCUCUGAGUCGCAGUUGUCAAUCGGUGGAUCAUCCCAUGCAACUAGCCGACGAAGUGGCGGUAGUUCGCUGGGGCUACCGCUAACGCCAACCUCUUCGGUAGCGUCGUCGCUUCACCAGGUGCAUCCACGUUCUUCCCCCGCCCAUUUUGGUGGCCCCGGCAUGCCCCGCAUCGUGAAGUGGGCCCGGUCGAACAACUGCUACGACUGCGAUGAGCCAUUCAAUCUGUUCGUGCGGCGUCAUCACUGCCGUAUGUGCGGUAACUCGUUCUGCCACGAGCACUCGAGCCGACGCGUGUCCGUGUUCGGUAUCGGCUUCGACGACGGACCAGUGCGUGUUUGUGACAAGUGCUUCCUUGAGUACUAUGCAGCGUCACAGGCACCGCUUCCACCGCAGUAUCCCUCGCAAUACGACUUUGCAGCCAGCACAAUGUCUGCGUCGUCGCGUUACAACGGCCUAUAG